AUGGACAGCACGGAGGCGGGGAAUCCGCGACAGGGGAAAAGAAGAAAUGAAAAGAAUCCACGGAAACACAAGGACCCAGAGCGGCUAAUGCCGCAGCAACAAGGAGGCAACACAACAAAGGAGGGGAUGGGGGUGCAGGUUCGCGAAGGCCAUGGGUGUAUCGUCGGUCUCUGCGCGUGCGGAUAUGCGUCGUCGACAGCGUUGCUAGGGCGUGUCGACGCUUGGGGCACAGCUUCAGAUAUUCCCUUCUCACUGGCAUUUCUCAACGAUGGCGGAGAGCGUUCGCGUCAUCACCCGAUGUCGUCCACUCAACGAGCGCGAGAAGGCCUUGGAUUCGAGGGUGAGUCGUUCACGGUAUGUGUGGAGAUGAAUCCAGGCUCAGCGCAGGUCUCUCUGCUGUCCGACGGACCACCAAAGAUGUUCACCUUUGAUGGGGCUUAUUACAUGGAUGCCACUGGAGAGCAAAUCUACAACGACAUCGUUUAUCCACUAGUGGAGAACGUCAUCGAAGGCUACAACGGAACAGUAUUCGCGUACGGUCAAACGGGAUCUGGAAAGACAUUUUCAAUGCAAGGCGUCGCAAAUAUUCCCGCACAGAGAGGCAUAAUCCCCAGAGCUUUUGAGCAUAUCUUUCUCGCUACUUCAACUACGGAACACAUGAAAUUUCUCAUACACUGCAGUUAUCUGGAGAUUUACAAUGAAGAAGUUCGUGAUCUUCUAGGGACUGAUAGGAACCAAAAGCUUGAAAUCAAGGAGCACGCUGAACGAGGAGUUUAUGUGGCUGGAUUGUCAAUGCAUGUAUGUCACGACGUCAAAUCAUGUCAUGAACUUAUGGACAAAGGUUUUAACAACAGACAUGUUGGUGCAACCCUCAUGAAUAAGGAUUCUUCACGGAGCCAUUCCAUUUUCACUGUUUACGUGGAAGGAAUGAAUGAAAGUGGUUCGAUAAGAACUGGAAAACUGAACUUAGUGGAUCUCGCUGGUAGUGAACGACAAUCUAAAACCGGUGCUACUGGAGAUCGGUUUAAAGAGGCAACGAAGAUCAAUCUCUCCCUGUCUGCCCUCGGGAAUGUGAUCUCAGCCCUGGUGGACGGCAAAUCCAAGCACAUUCCUUAUCGUGAUUCGAAGCUUACGAGAUUGCUACAGGACUCUCUUGGAGGCAACACGAAAACUAUCAUGAUUGCCUGUGUGUCACCGUCGGAUAAUAACUACGAUGAAACUCUGUCGACAUUAAGAUACGCGAACCGUGCGAAGAAUAUCAAAAAUAAACCAAAAAUAAAUGAGGACCCGAAGGAUGCCCUUCUACGCGAGUACCAGGAGGAGAUUGAACGCCUCAAAGCUAUGCUUUCUCCGGAUGCUAAUCACACAGCAGUAGCUUCUUUUGACGUUGAAGCCGAACGAGCAAAACUGCGUGAGGAGUUCGAGGAGACCAUGAGCGAGCUAAGAAGUGAAUACCAUAAGGAGCAAUUAAGUAAAGCCGAACUUGCACAUGAGUUACAAGUCCUCAAAGAACAAUACGAAAAGGCGAACUCUGAUCUGGACACCAUGGAGGGGCUGGAUCCGCAAGAGGCAGCGCGAAAACUCCAACAACUGCAAAAACAAUUCGUAGGAGGAGAGCAGGCGAAUAACGAACAGCUGAAACAGAAAAGGACGAAAAAACUGAAAGAAGCAGAGUCGAAAAUGCAGCGAUUGGCAGCUGCACUAAAUGUGCACCAGGACGAUCCAUUGCUGCAGGUGUACAGUUCCACUCAGGAAAAACUUGAUGCCGUUACUGCUGAACUACAAAAAGAAAAAAAUAGGUCUAAAGCGCUAGAGUGUGAGAUUGAAGAUCUACAAAGUGAGUUCGAACUCGAUCGUCUUGACUACUUAGAAACAAUUCGUAAACAAGAUCAACAACUGAAGCUUCUUGCGCAAAUUCUUGAGAAGAUUCAACCAACCAUAAGAAAAGACGCGAACUAUUACAAUAUCGAGAAGAUAAAGAAAGAUGCGGUCUGGAACGAGGACGAAUGUCGAUGGAUCCUGCCUGAGAUGAGUGUGUCACGGACAGUGUUACCGUCCGCUCACAAUGGCAUCACUUCAACUCUUAAGUCGGAACCGCUAAUGAAGGACUUACAUGACGACGACAGUUCUAGGCUUAGAAGAAAACUUGCCAAAAGUGAGGAGGAGAAUAUUGCUAACAACUAUUUUAAGCCUAUCCGUCAGAGUAAUGUGCUCAACAAAUAUCGGGGCGAUCACAAUAGGAGUUAUGACGUGAAGUCGUACUUCCCUAACAAAACUGCCACCUUCGAUAGCUUGCUCAACGGGAUCGUAUAUGCUGACGACAUCUAUGGAAGAUCGCAAAGCGCAAAGAGACCCGCUCGCCUUGAGAACUACGAGAACCGAAGAAAUCGGCGAGGAGACAGCUCAAAGAGUAAAUAUACUGCUAAUGACAGGAUAUGUUAUGAUUGUGAUGAAUUGACAGUCCAGCAAGUGAAGUGA